UGGAGAUUAACGUCGCCCCAUCCCCAGCUCAAAAUCAGCACACAACGAUGUCUCUAACCUGUCAAUACGCAGCCAGAAGCUGCGUCCGCUCUCUGCGGUCUUCGAACUCUCUGCGAAUUUCCUCGGUUGCAGCGGCGGUAGGUCACAGGAGGACGACAAGAAGAUGGGCGAGCACGGAGACAACUGCGGCUGCGAACCCGAAGAUCUCGGGGAUUGUGGAUCAGAUUAGUCAAUUGACUCUGUUGGAGACAGCGGACCUGGUUGCGAGUUUGAAGACACGACUCAACAUCCCCGACAUGCCCAUGGGAGGUUUCGCCGCCGGUCCCGCUGCACCAGCCGCCGCGCCCGUAGAAGAAGAGGAAGCGGCCCCCGUUCAACAAGAGAAAACACUGUUCAAUCUCAAACUGCAAAGCUUUGAUGCGGGCGCGAAACCGAAGAUCAUCAAGGAGAUUAAGAGCAUGCUGGGUCUGAGUUUGGUGGAUAGUAAGAAGUUUGUGGAGAGCGCGCCGAAGCUGAUGAAGGAAGGGGUGCCAAAGGAGGAGGCGGAGAAGAUUGUAGCUACGCUGAAGGGGUUGGGGGGCGUGGUCGUUAUGGAGUAGCUAGGCUGAUAGAAAGGAGCGAGGAGGAAUGUAUAUGGGCAAACGGAAUUGAGUAAGGAAAGGCAUACAGUGUAUAACAAUAGAGAUGUGUACAAAAUCUACUUCUCAUCCCACAACUGGCG